AUGCUCAUGUGACUUAUCACAUGACUACAGAUCAGCCUGAAAGCCAAAAUGGGACUCCAAGCCCGCCUCCUAGGGCUCCUUGCUCUCGUCAUCGCCGGCAAAUGCACUUACAACCCUGAGCCGGACCAGCGGUGGAUGCUGCCUCCAGGCUGGGUGUCCCUGGGCCGCGUGGAUCCCGAGGAAGAGCUGAGUCUCACUUUUGCGCUGAAACAGCGGAACCUGGAAAGACUCUCGGAGCUGGUGCAGGCUGUGUCGGAUCCUAGCUCUCCUCAAUAUGGAAAGUACCUAACCCUGGAGGAUGUAGCUGAGCUGGUUCAACCAUCACCCCUGACCCUCCUCACUGUCCAAAAGUGGCUCUCAGCAGCUGGAGCCCGGAACUGCGAUUCAGUGACCACCCAGGACUUUCUGACUUGCUGGCUGAGUGUCCGACAGGCUGAGCUGCUGCUCCCAGGAGCUGAGUUUCAUCGCUAUGUAGGGGGACCUACAAAGACCCAUGUUAUAAGGUCCCCACAUCCCUACCAGCUUCCCCAGGCCUUGGCCCCUCAUGUGGAUUUUGUGGGGGGGCUGCACCGUUUCCCCCCUUCAUCUCCAAGACAACGUCCAGAACCACAACAGGUAGGAACUGUUAGCCUGCACUUGGGAGUGACUCCGUCUGUGCUCCGUCAGCGAUACAACCUGACAGCCAAAGAUGUGGGCUCAGGCACCACCAACAAUAGCCAGGCCUGUGCCCAGUUCCUGGAACAGUACUUCCAUAACUCGGAUCUGACUGAGUUCAUGCGCCUAUUCGGUGGCAGUUUUACACACCAGGCCUCAGUAGCAAAAGUUGUUGGAAAGCAAGGGCGAGGCCGAGCUGGGAUCGAGGCCAGUCUAGAUGUGGAAUACCUGAUGAGUGCUGGUGCCAAUAUCUCCACUUGGGUCUACAGUAGCCCUGGCCGCCAUGAGGCACAGGAGCCCUUCUUACAAUGGCUCCUGCUUCUUAGCAAUGAGUCAUCUUUGCCACAUGUACAUACUGUGAGUUACGGAGACGAUGAAGACUCCCUCAGCAGCAUCUACAUCCAGAGAGUCAACACUGAGUUCAUGAAGGCUGCUGCUCGGGGUCUCACCCUCCUUUUUGCCUCAGGUGACACUGGAGCUGGGUGUUGGUCUGUCUCCGGAAGACACAAGUUCCGCCCUAGCUUCCCUGCUUCCAGCCCCUAUGUUACUACAGUUGGAGGAACCUCCUUCAAGAAUCCUUUCCUCAUCACAGAUGAAGUAGUUGACUAUAUCAGUGGUGGAGGCUUCAGCAAUGUUUUCCCACGGCCUCCCUACCAGGAGGAAGCAGUGGCCCAGUUCUUGAAAUCCAGCUCUCAUCUACCACCAUCCAGUUACUUCAAUGCUAGUGGCCGUGCCUACCCAGAUGUUGCCGCACUAUCUGAUGGCUACUGGGUGGUCAGCAACAUGGUCCCCAUUCCAUGGGUAUCUGGAACCUCGGCCUCUACUCCAGUGUUUGGGGGAAUUUUAUCCUUGAUAAAUGAGCACAGAAUCCUCAAUGGCCGCCCUCCUCUUGGCUUUCUCAACCCCAGGCUCUAUCAGCAGCAUGGGACAGGACUCUUUGAUGUAACCCACGGCUGCCAUGAGUCCUGUCUGAAUGAAGAAGUGGAGGGUCAGGGUUUCUGCUCUGGUCCUGGCUGGGAUCCUGUGACAGGUUGGGGAACACCCAACUUCCCAGCCCUACUGAAGACCCUGCUCAACCCUUGACCCUUUCGUGCCAUGACGAGAAAGCAGAACUGUUCCCUGUACUAAAAGGGAAGGCUCAGUUUCUUGUUAUUCCUCGAUAGAAGCCCUGCUGAACUCCUGUUGCCUGCUGCAGAUAGCUUCUCCCUAACCCUCAGAUGCUGUGAACAGGACUCAACUCUCAAUCCUACUGUGUGCCAUCAAACUCAGGUCUCCAAACUUCUACUUCAAGAUCCUCAACAAGAUGCUAUAACCAGCAUAUUUUGUCUCACCCCAACCCCAUCUCUCCUUCCUCUUUCCAGCUUGAGAUGUGAAAGCAGGGCAAGAAGGUUCAGUCUUCCAUUACUGACACUAGCAGGUCCACCCAACGCUUACCACCUCUGCACUGACCGUACACUCUAUUUCUCUUCGGGUUUGCUUUUCCGUUCACUGAAGUGAGACCUUUGACUAAUCGUUUUGUCUUUCUUCUCUCGGCACUGAAGUACAAUGGUCUCCCCAAUGUUUUAUCCAGUUAUACCCUUUUCAGUGUUUGUUUUAUGGGUUUUCUUAUUUAAGAACAGGUUGUCAAAAAACCAUUAAAAAAAAAAAAGAAAAAGAACACAUUGGCUGCAAUCUAUUUAACUAUAUAACUAUUCUAAGGAAAGUUAAAAAUUGAAAACUUAAAAUGUUUGAAAUGUUCUCAUUGGCAAAAUUCCUCAACAAAAUAAAUAGGUCAUUACAAAUUUUGCUUUAAAUUUUUGCUUGAGUGAUUUUUUUUUUUGUAAAGUGUUUUAAAAUUUACAUUUUAUUUUCCCCUUCUCAGCUACACCAAAGCAACAUUCAGGUUUUAAUUUCAACUGUCAGACAUUACAAACAUCUAGCUUCUGUGAACCUGGGUGUUUGUUCUUUCCAUCAGUUUCCCAUUUAUCCUUUUUCCUCAGUGACCCCCCUCUGACCACACUAAUCAGCCCCCUUUUCUGCUGACUCCAGGGAUGCUGUGUUCAUUGUUCCAUUCUUAGUUUCUUGCUCUUAUCAUUUUAUUAUCAUCCCUUGACAGAUCACUGACAUCUAUACCCACAGUGAGUGAUACCUCAAAUGUGAGAUACCUCGUUACUUCAUCUCCCUCCAGCCCAGACCUAAACUAUUUCAUCUCUUAAUCUAUGAUAUAAUGCCUCUUUCAAACAAGCCAGAAACCUAUAACUCUUAACUCUCAUCUUUUUCACCUCCUUACUAACUUCAAAAAGUUUUCUUGACUGCCUCUCAAGUAUAUCUUUAUCGGCUAGUGUGGUGAUGCACACCUUUAAUCCCAGCACUCAGGAGACAGAGGCCAGGCAAGUCUCUGAGUUUGAGGCCAUCCUGGUCUAUAUAAAGAGUUCCAGACAAGCCAGGCCUACAUAGUCAGACCAUGUCUCAAAAAUACACAUAUGUGCACACACACACAUGCACAAAAUACUGCAUUAUCUUUGAGCCCAUGUUCUUUUUUCUUCUAAACUGCAGGAAGCACUUGGGGAGAGGAAAGGCUUCCGAAGCCCCUCAUCUUCCAAACCAAGCAGUCUAUGUAUUUGUGCAAACCCUUCAAAGAUUACUGGGUAAAAGUCAGAGACAUUGAAACUUGCCUUCAAAAUCGGGAAAUAAACAUUGCUAAUGUCUCACACUUGGAAUUAAGCAAUGAAUGUUAGUUUCCCUUUCUUCUUUGCACUGCACCUACAUGUAGCUGGGAAACAAUCAUACAGUAUUGAAAUUGUCAGUUUGUUUGCCUUCCUUUUCCAGACAGUCGGUGCUAGUGAACUAGAAUCUGAUUCUUAACUUUGUAUUCCUAGGUCCCAGCCCAAAUAGAAAUUAAAUAAAUGACUGUUUAAAAAAAAA